CUUGACAUGUGCAUCGCGUUGCUCCUCUUCUGAACGCCUGUUUGCUUCAGACAGACCUCAUUGUACCUGCGGCGCCCGUCGUCCUUCGUUCCUACCCCGCCAUCUUACCCCUCCUGCUAUCGCAACUCUUAUCGCAACUUGCAUUGCCACUCACCACCAUGGCCAUCUUGACCACCGAACCGGCUCUUGAGCCUCAGCCCAUCGACAUCCAGGCUUGGACUGUGGAGACGGCGACCGCAGCCAUCAGCCAGGUCACUAUCGCCACCCCCGGGGACAUCCUAGGCGCGACCGUCAAUCUCCAGAUCCCGCUCGAUGACGCCUCGACUUCAGCUGCCCCCGGGGAGCGCCCGACCUCUACCGCGGCAGCGAAGGAGGGCGGCUACUACAAGCGCAAGGAGCCGAUCCGCCGCGAUAGCUUGAAGCGCCGCGAGUCCUUGCUCAAGGGGAAGGAGGGCACCCGGCGCAGGCUGCGGUGGGAGAACGACCGCCUCCUGAACAACCCCUACGUCGAGCCCCCGCAGCCCAAAGACUGGGAAGUUCACCCCACCCACCCGGUCCAUAACGUCCCGUACUAUCUCGCGCCCCUUUGGGACGCCGGCCUCGCCCGCCAGCACGCCGAGCGCAAGACCUCCGCCGCCAAAGCAAAAGCCUCGUCCCGCACCGUCGCGAAGAAGCCCACCGCGCCCGGCGUAGUCCCCAAGGAGCUGCGCGAGAAGCUUAAGCGCUCGCGCGGCGCAAAGGGCCUGCUCAUGGAUCUGGAAUCAGAGGUCCGCGCCUUCGUGACCGAGUGGGAGGACAGCGUGCGCAGAGCCGCGGACGACGGACUGCCUGCUGAUCCGGACAGCUCGGACGAUGAGAUCGUGUUUGUGGGGAGGAACGGGAAGAUGAGCGAUUUGAGGAGUCCCACCGAGGCACCGUGCAAGCGGGAGAUCAUGCUGUUUGAGACGGCUGAGGAGGACCAGGGUGGGAGCUUCGGGAGGUGGCUGGUGCAUCAUAUCGGGGUGUACUAUGGGCUGAAGACGUGGUCGGUCACGGUGGGAGAUCCGGCGAGAAGGGAGGCAUAUGUUGGGUUGAAGGAUGCGAAGAUGAGGACGGGAAGGAACGGUGCGUGUGGACCGCUGCCACGUCCGCUGUGGGGACUGGUCUAGGACAGGCUAGACCCUGCUGAUUGUGCUGCUGAGUACGUUCCAAGGCUUCUUCACGCUCGUUGUGGAUUUUGUUUGGAUUUGCAUAUGGCGGGGUGUAGACGGGGCACAUUUACACGAGUUUGUCUGACUAGACUACUCGGGUGGCGUCUUGCGCGUUUGCUUAUAUCAUAUAUAGUCUACACUUCUGUCCGCCUCGUAGAAGCAAGCAUACAAGAGCAUAGAUGCGAAGCACUCGCU